ACGUCCAGUCUACCGUGACACAAAGAGCAUAUAAACGCAUCAUGAACGUUUCAAGUUAGCACAGUGCCCAUACCGCCACCAUACCGACACCAUCAUGGCGACCCACCACCUCAUUCUGUUAACCUUGGCCGUUGCCGUCACAGCCAGAACUGCUAAUCGAGCGGAGGAACCUAGAAGUUCAGAGGACAGUUUUCUAGGGGACUUAAAGACUGCAUACGAUACUUACAAAGACUGCACCGGGGCAGAGCUUUCGAAUUGUUUGAAGAGAAAACUCGCGAAAGCUCUAUCGAAGGUGGCUAAUACUGAGGAGCUGUCGAUUCCUGGUGGAGUAACCAUAACGAAAGACAAGGAUGCGAAGGUCAAUGAGGUGGAAGUUGAGGAGGCGGUUCCGAGAGGUCUGGAUGAGAGCUCCCUGGACAACAUUAUCAUGGACAAAAUCUUUAGAUUCAUGCAGACUCAUACGGUCCAGUUCAACUUCCCGACCGGCUCCGAUGUACAAGAGACCGAAGAAGGCCGUGAUAAAAGAAAAAAGCUCGCACCGAUGCUCGCCAUCCCGAUCCUCGUCAUAGGAAUGAUGGUGCCUCUGGCUUUCGGAGCUCUGGCUCUACUGGCGGGCAAGGCUCUGAUCGUGUCCAAACUGGCCUUGGUGUUAGCCGGUAUUAUUGGCUUGAAGAAGCUUUUGUCUCCAAACGGUGGAGGUCAUGAGGCCCAUGAGGUAGUGGUGUCUGCUGGACAUUCCGCUUCAGGGUGGAGCAGAUCACUAGAAAAAGCACACGACUUAGCUUACAAAGCGUACGCCCAUUAAAUGAAAAAUAAAACAUUAAUACAUUAUUUAUUACGCGAAAGGACAAUUGAAUUUUGAAUCUUAAAACCAUGCUUAUUAAGUAUGUUAUUGUAUUGUGUUUUACAGUAGAAGAGUUAAACCAAAAAUUUAUUUAAUUCGUUUAUUUAAGAUUUUUUAUCAAUGAAUAAUAAAAAGUUUUGUUUAUUUAUUUUCAUUUAUUUUCAUGAAAUAAAAUUCGUAUCGAUAAACUAAAAAAUACUAAAUUUAAUUUAAAAAAAUGUUAUGGUAAGUUUUCGGAAAACGCAAAUGAAUAAUAAAUAUAGAUAUCAUUAAUUCAUUUUUCAUAUAACAUUUUUAAUAAGAAAUGUCUACACUUUUAUAUUUAUGAUUAAAAAAUAUCUAAAAAUUAUUAAAAAUUAAACGUGUGUACCUAAAAUACUCAAAUUAUCAAUUAUUAUUGCCAGUAUAUUUAUGUCAAAUAAAUAAAUAACUUAGUGUUUUAUUAAUAAAUAAAUGUACAUAAUAUUUAAUCUAUAAAUUAUAGUAUUAAAUGAUAGUAUGUAUUAUAUUAUAUGAAGUCUUUGGAGAUUGCUUUAAUACAUAAAUUAUAAUAUGUGUUUUGUUAAGAGUACCUUUUUGUUGUACUGCACUGGUACAAAAGAAGACAAUAAUUGGAAAUUAUCGCGUUUUUCUCUCAAGAAUUACAUAUACCUACUUAAGUGUUUGGUUUAGUCAUUAUAAAAAAAAAUUAAAAAUAUACUAUCAUUUAUAAUAUGAAUAUAAUUCUUACUUAUUAGUAGAACAUAUUUUGAUAUCGUAAUUACAUAUUUUAUGUUUAGUCUAUCUAUUUAUCAUAUUAUCAUAUAAUAUUAUAUUUAAAGUAUAUUUAAAUAUUGUAAAUAUUGUAAAUAACUCAUUUAUUUUAAUUUUUAUUAUCAUAAUGCAAAGUAUUCGUUCUUGUGAUUUUUAUUAUAAAUAUGACAUAAUAAUUAUUUAUUCCAUUAUAUAUCAUAUUACAAUAUUUCAACAAAGGUGCUCUCAAAGUGCAAUGAAUAUAGUAUGUAUGUAUAAAUAUAUAUGUAAUAUUUUAUUAGUAAAUCGUUCAAUUCCAUUAAACUUUUACUGAUUAAUUUAUUUUUGUUAAUUGUCAAAAUAAACUUUUGGUACUCAA